GCCAGCAGCAGCAGAGGCACGUAGAUCAAUGGUUUGCGAAGAGGAGUAUGAGCUGCUGGAUCAGAUUGGUCGAGGCUCCUACGGUAAAGUCUACCGGGCCCAGCACGAUAGCGGGGAGGUGCACGCGAUCAAGGUGGUGGAGCUAGAAGCCGCAGAGGAUGAUCUGGACAACAUUCAGCAGGAGAUCAAGAUGCUGCAGGCCUUCAACUGCCCGCAGCUCACGCGGUACCACGGCAGCUUCAUCGUCGGAAGCGCGCUGUGGAUUUCGAUGGAGUACUUGGAGGGCGGCUCGCUGCAAGACCUCAUCAAGUCGAGCACGAACAAUCUCGACGAGCACACGACCCAGUGGAUAUUGAGAGAAAUUUUGAAGGCGUUGGUCUACCUGCACUCGGAACGGAAGAUUCACCGCGACGUGAAAGCCGGAAACAUUCUGGUGGCAUCAGACGGGAGCGUCCGCCUGGCUGAUUUCGGCGAGUCGGUGCAGCUGACCCACUCCAUCGCCAAGCGCCAGACAUUCGCGGGGUCACCGUACUGGAUGGCGCCAGAGGUCAUCAUGGCGCAAGACACGUACAACUCAAAGGCGGACAUUUGGAGCCUUGGGGUGACGGCGAUCGAGAUGAUCAAGGGACGGCCCCCCUACUCGGAUAUGCACCCGAUGAAGGCGGUGUUGUGCAUUCCCAACAACCCCCCGCCGACUCUCGGCAAGGAGGGGCACUACAGCAAGCACUUCCACACCUUCCUCGAGCAGUGCUUCCAGCGAGACCCAAACCUCAGGCCAUCAGCGCAAGAGUUGCUAAAGCACCCGUUCAUGAAGGCGGCGAAACCGACGGAUACCUUGAAUAAGCUCUUGGAGGCUCGACGAGCAUCGCAGAUGAUGAAGUCGCUCUUCGGGGGGGGGCUGCUAAACUCCACGGAGCCCCCGCAGGACGCGACGCACAAGGCCAAACCCACCACCGCCCUCCCGGCCUCCGCCGCAGCAGCCAUCGCCGCCGCCGCCGCAUCCAAGGCGGACACCACCAGCGGCGCCCCGCUAGACGCGGCGACCAACGACCCCAAGACCCUGUCCGUGGAGUGGGAUUUUGGGGACGGGGAUGAGAGCUUCGACGAGCAGGCUAGGGUGGACGCCGCGGGUCUCGGGGACUUCGACUUCGCUUCCCCCGUGCCCCAGGCAGCGGUGGCCGCGGCGGGCGAGGCUUGGAGCGGGCUCGGUAUUUCCUCCGCUGCUGUCGCGUCCCCGCCGUCCCCGGGUGCGGUGACGCCGAAGGCCACGCACGGGAAAGGCGGGAUGUGGGCGGAUGGUAUCGCGGCGGCAGCGGGAGCGGCGGGCGAGGGGGAAGGGGGGGGGUACGCGAGAAAAGGACCGCCUCCGUUGGCGGAGCGGCACCGAAACCGUUCGAGGCAAGAUGGCGAAGGUAGGCCAUGUGCUGGGUAUCAAUGACGCGGCGGCCGCGGCUGCCCUCCAGAAGGAGAUGACGGUAUUGACCCGCAAGCAGGACGAGGAGAUCAUCCGACGACAGAAGCUCGGCGGUCUUGGAAGCUGGAAGACCUCAACGAAAUCGGCUGCGGGAACGGAGUCGCAGGAGUUGUCUAUCACCGCCGCCGCCGACCCGCAGGGAACCCGUCGGCAAUUAUCGUCGUCGACCACCUCGUCUUGUUCUCAAGAGCAGGUCGUCUCCGAUUCCGUCUCCGGCAAGAGCCGGCGGAGCCGAACCUUGUCUUCCGGGUGUUCGUCGCCGACUUCUUCUUCCGCCGCNGGGGGGGGGGGGGGGGGG